CGGCGCUCUCCGGGGCCGGCGCCGCCCGGCGUUCGCGCUCCCUGCCCCAGCCCGCGGCGUCGCUCCCGGGCGCGGAGGCAGCGCGUGCGGCCGGCGCCGGGCGUGGGACGCGGAGGGCGACCGUCCCGUGACGCGCCCGGACAUUUUCGUCCCGUGAGGAACUGGCCCCGGCGCGGGGGUCUCGCCGGCGCGCGGGGUGGGUCGUGUGUGGGCUCGCGGGGCGUGUCGACUGCGGGGCGGGCGGCCCCGUGAGGAGUUCGGAGUUUUUCCUGAGAGAACUAUAAAAGUAAAUGGGUCCAGUAAUUGGAAUGACUCCAGAAAAAAGAGCUGAAAUCCCAGGAGCUGAAAAGGUUGCAGGAUUAAGCCAGAUUUACAAAAUGGGAAGCUUGCCUGAAGCUGUUGAUGCUGCCAGGCCAAAGGCCACUCUAGUGGACAGUGAGUCAGCGGAUGAUGAACUCACAAACUUGAACUGGCUUCAUGAAAGUACUAAUCUUCUAACAAACUUCAGCUUCGGAAGUGAGGGUCUUCCCAGUGUUACUCCAUUGUAUGACAUAGAGGGAGAUGAUGUGCCAUCCUUAGGACCAUCUUGCUAUCAGAACCCAGAAAAAAAAUCAGCAACUUCAAAGCCCCCAUACUCCUUUAGUCUUCUCAUUUAUAUGGCUAUUGAACACUCUCCAAAUAAAUGUUUGCCUGUCAAAGAAAUUUAUAACUGGAUUCUGGACCGCUUCCCAUAUUUUGCUACUGCACCAACAGGCUGGAAGAAUUCUGUUCGACAUAAUCUGUCCCUGAAUAAAUGUUUUCAGAAAGUGGAAAGAAGCCAUGGCAAGGUUAAUGGAAAAGGUUCCUUAUGGUGUGUUGAUCCAGAAUAUAAACCCAACCUUAUGCAGGCACUGAAGAAGCAACCUUUUGCUUCUCCUGCAUCUCCACAAAGUGGCUCUUUAUCACCUCAUUACUUAAGCUCUGUACUCAAGCAGGACCAGGUGCGAACCCUCAAAGAAUCUGAUAUUGAUGCUGCCACUGCGAUGAUGCUUUUAAAUACUUCUAUAGAACAAGGAAUUUUAGAAUGUGAGAAGCCUCUUCCUCUUAAAACAGCAAUGCAAAAAAAGAGGAGUUAUGGCAAUGCAUUUAAUCAUCCCAGUGCUGUGCAAUUACAAGAGAGUGAUUCUUUAGCCACCAGCAUUGAUCCAAAAGAAGACCACAAUUACAGUGCAAGUAGCAUGGUAGCACAGCGGUGUGCAUCCAGGUCUAGUGUGUCUUCCCUUUCUUCUGUGGAUGAGGUGUACGAAUUUAUCCCAAAGAGUAGCCAUGUGGGAAGUGAUGGCAGUGAAGGAUUUCACAGUGAAGAAGAUACAGACGUUGAUUAUGAAGAUGAUCCUCUUGGAGACAGUGGCUAUGCGUCACAGGCUUGUGCAGAUACCUCUGACAAAAGGCAGCCAGGCAAAAAGAUGCGAAAACAGUCAUGUCCCGAAAUUGAUGAGGAGCUCAAAGAGGCAGCUGGAUCUCUGCUCCACCUGGCUGGAAUUCGUACAUGUCUCGGUUCCCUAAUAAGUACUGCAAAGACACAAAAUCAAAAGCAGCGGAAAAAAUAGAAAUACUUCUUAGUGUGAUUUUUUUAAAGUGUGGCAAUACUCUUCUACUUAAUUCUCUACAAGGGAUAUCAAAGCCAUAAUGGACUUCUUUUGUUUUAGGGUGGGGGAGGGAUGCUAAUUACUUGUUUAUUUCAAAGCAUUUGUUUAGUUUUUAUUAAAUAGUUGCUGUUAGGAUCAUGCCCAACUAUAAAUGUGUGAAGUCCUAAAGGCAUAAUUUUUGUGAUAAGUGUCUCCAAGAUUUGAACAUUUUUAUAAAAGAAAAGUCCCCAGCCUCUGUCUUAAACUUAUGGAAGUCUUUACAUUAAAAAAAUGUAAGAAUUUACAACUCUAUAACUUUUUUCAUUUUCUUUUGCAAUCUGUAAUUAACCAUAGUUGCUGAUCCAGCUAAAGAUUCUGCUGAUGUGUUUCCCAUGUACUUCUCUCCUGACACAUGCAAUCCAGUAGGAAGAGAUUUGGAUUUUUUUAUCGUGUCUUAAUUUUUGGUUUUAAUUAUUUUUUGUUGAAGUGUGACCAAAAUUGAAUAUAAAUUGGAAAAGAUGCUAGAUGUCCAGAAAGUUCCUUUUGGUGACAUAGGCAAAGAGUACAGUCAUGUGUUGCUUAAUGACAAGGAUAUAUUCUGAAAAAUGCAUCUUUAGGCGAUUUCAUCAUUGUGUGAACAUCAUAGAGUGCACUUACACAAACCUAGGUGGUACAGCCUACUACUCACUAGGCAAUAUGGUACUAAUCUUAUGGGACCACCAUGGUAUACGUAUGUGAUCCAUUGUUGACUGAAAUGUCGCUAUAUGGCACCUGACUGUGCAGCAAAGAAUUCUAAGAUUUAGAAAAGGCAGUUUUGUGGUAUAAUUUCAUCUAAGAACACUCCAAUUCCUAUUGCAAUAUUAUCUUUGAAUUUUUUACUUCCCAGAUGUUGCAUAGAAUUUAUUGGGGCCUUUUGUUCUUUCCCAUAGCGCUUUGCAACUAUGUUUAAAUUUUAGCCACUAGCUGUCUUUGUUGAUUAGAAACUAUCCAAUGAGAGGAUAUAGCCAUAGAAUGUGUUAAGGAGUUAACACCCAUUUUGACACACUGUUGCAAUAAGAGAAUCUUUCAUUUGUUUGUUAAAUGUACUGCAUUCUGAGAAUCUUGUAGUAGGAAUGGAGUGUAAUCUAGUGUAAACAUUUUGAGUACUUAUUAUGUUAUCAAAAAUAAAGGUAGAUCAUUUAGGGAAAGGGAAAAACUUCUGUCUAAGCUUUGUAUGAAUUAAGUUUGUGUGUAUACCUAAUUAAAUUUAAAAAAUUUAACAAAAUUAUAGAGACAAAAUACCUUUAUGGAUUUAAAAAUUUGUAUAAAAUUAAAUCUUUAUGGAUUUCAAAAUUUGUAUAAAAUUAAAUCUUAUACAAUACACCCUUUUGAGGAGGCAGUGUGUUACAUGCUAUGUGCCAUUAAUCCAUGCUAAAAGGUUUAUAUUACUGUUCCAAACAUGCGUUGAGUGAGGCAUUUUAAGUAUUUGAACAAAUCUGCUUGUAUGAGACAUUUUUUCAUAUCAUUUGUAUAGUUUGACUAUGUUAUUCAGAAAGAACUAGGGAUACUAAGAAAACUAAGGUUAUUCAUUACGUAUAUUUUUUUUACAAUGGUGGAAGCAACUUUCAAAAAGUUCAGUCUCUGGUCAUGCUACAUCCUGUUUCAUGGACAAUGACCUUAUUCUCAUUUUUCUGAUAAUUUCCUAUAUACAUGCAUAGACCCAUAGGCUCAUGAUUUGGGUUUGUUACUUUCAGCUGUUUCUAUAACCAUAAAGCAUUUUCUUGGAUUUUUUUUUCAAGAGAAAAUAUUUUAAUUUUAACUUCUAAAUUUUAUUUUGGCAAAGUUGUCGAAUUAAAAGCGUAAUGGAAAUGUCUUUUUCAAUUGGCAAAAUGUUAAGCCAGGGAUAGCAACAUUAAUAUUAUCUGUCCUGUUUCCAUGUUAAUUGUAAUUGAACCUGGAUAGCCACGUUAAUGGAAUCGGUGCUGUUGAAAUAUAGUAAUUUUUAAAUUUGUUGAUAAUGAAAAAUAGUCCGUAAGUAUGCAGGAUGAGAUAUUUGGAUUUUUUUGUUCUUCAUAUAUGUCACAUGUGCUACAGAAAAUGGCUAACCCAAGUUAACACUUUUUACUGUAGACAGUGAAUAUAACACAAAAAAUUGCUUUUACCACAGUAUAAAUAGUACACAGAUUAUAAAAAUAAUUUUAAUAACAAUAUUUUUAAGCUAUUUACCAUGGCCCUGUAGGUAGACCUUAGUAACGUUGUUUCAGUGAUCUGGUUCUAGUUUAUUUUGUUCGACUGAAAUUCUGUACCACAAAUGUUCUCUCUGGUUCCUGUCCAUUAGAUAAUUACUCUUUGUAAGUAAAGGAAAAUGAUCUAGGAUAAGGAGGGGGAGAGUUGUUCCUAGUUCAAUAGGGAUCUUCAAAAUUAUUUUGUCUUGAUAUAAAGAAUAACUCUUUAAACCUGAUUUUCCCUCACUCUUCAUGUACUCUUCCCACAAAUUUAAAAGUUUACUUUAUAUUCAUCACUAGCAAGAACAAUAAACACUUUUGCACUAAAAGCUAACAGGAAGACCUUACCUGAUAUUUUACACUUAAUUCUUUUUCAGAAUUCAGUGCAUCACUUUCCAUUUGCUGAUUUACCAAGGGAGUUAUUUUCAAAGGGAGGAACCUUUUUAAUGACGGUCCCCUAUUACUUCCAUAGACAUUAUGAUCCCAUUCCUCAGAUGUGUUGAGAUGAAAACAUGGCUAAUAACCACCCAUUCAGGAAAGUCAUGUCAAGUCCUAUGGACUGGAAAUUGUAUUUCCAAUAGUAUAUUGAUAACAAAUUUUACUGUAAUAAAAACAACUUGGCAAUCCUGGAGAGGUUAUAUAUUUUCCAACAUACUUUAAAACUGUGAUUUAAGCUAAUAUAUAAUUUGCCUUAUGUCAAUAUAAAUUGUUAUGACCAAUUCCUGUUUAUAAUAGAUCCCUAGUAAAAGUCUUGACCCAGCACAAUUAAUCUUUCAUCUUUCAUAUCCCAAAUAGAAUCAGUGUUUCUUGAAUACGUAUUUUUGAAAUUUAUUUGUGCAAUAUAUUACAAAGUUAGUUGAUAUUUUACUUUUCAAAUUCAGAGAAAGAAAACAUUACUUGUAUUCAAGGAAAAGCUCAUUAUUGGUGCAUCACCUCCUUUUUUUCACCUUUGGGCCUUUCCUGUCCUCCUUAUAGCCGGCAUGUCUCCUCUUAACUUAGAUUUCUUUGUAUAUAGUGAAGUUUAUAUAUAUUUUUUAUUUUGCUACUUUCUGAGGCAUUAUGUAAAGGGUUCAUUCUAGAUGGUCAGUUAAAUAUGUUGCCACAAAUUCAAAGCUAGAGCAAAUGUUAAGAAGGGAAUGUGUGUGUCUUGGUAGACCAGGAGGCCUUUCCCAGCAAUUUUAGCAACAAAUGUGAAUACUUCACAAAGCUGUAAAGACUAUUGUCUUAAGUACUACAGUAACUUAACAACCUUUUGUGAAGACCAUAGCAUUUAAUUAAACUUGGAGGCUUUCUGGUUUACAUAUAUUUUAUAGUUUUUUGUUAGUUUGAAAUGUGUAAGCUUUGAUUUAAACAAAGUUUACUUCAGUAUGUUAAUGAUGUAGUAAAAAUAUUUAUUGAAAGACAAAUUAUUUUAAUGUUAUACCUGCCAUUUUUUCUUAAAGCACAUUUUUUUGCAUCUAACUGCCAGUGCCAUUGUCAAAACUUGUUUUUUAAAAUUGUUGUAUAUUUCUUAUUAAACUAAGUGCUUAAUUUUAAAGUAUUAUGUUGCCAUCAUAUAGUGUAUAAAAAUGUAUAAUUGCCAAUUCAUUGUAACUAUUAUUUAUUUUUAAAUGAAAGUGUAAGAAUGCUUUCUGAUUCAAGAAAUUUGGGUUAUUAAACUGUUUCUUUAUCCUCUUUUCUAAUGUAGCAUAAAAAUUGCCCUGAGUUUGAGUUAAAACUGCCAUUAGAUGACCAGUCACAAGUGAACCACUUCUCUGUUGCCAGUCUUUGCUCAUAUUAAAAACAACUUAACAAAUGUUUAGUUUUUGUAUCUAAUCUCUAAUUAUUAAAAUGUUUAUAAAGUUUAUUUUUACCAAAGAGAUGCAAUUCAUUAUAAUAAAGUAUUGCAGAAUAAACCUUAUU